UUGCAAUGGGAGCUGCAAGUACUGCUACUUAUCUCGAAGCUGGUAAGAAACAUCCAGAUACCGUCGCCUAUAAGGAUUCAGACGUCCUCGCAACUCAUGGUGUCAUGCCAACCAGGAUUACUGCAAUCAGAGUCUACUGGAGCGAAUACUGUGUAGGAUUUGAAUGUUUCUAUGAUGGAACUUCCGCAGGAGCUAGACUCGGUACAGAGUAUGCACAUGGAACUGUCUACAGUGACUUUGUCCUUGCUGAUGGAGAAUACAUCACUGAAGUCUCAGGAAGAAACGGAGAUUUGAUCGAUCAAGUUACAAUUCACACUAAUCUUGGAAGAUCUCAGCAAUUCGGAACUUCGACCGGAGGACAUCCCUUCAGAUUAUACGAUACAGGAAAAGUAGUAAAGGGAUUCACUGUCGGAUUCGGAGGACACUUACAUUUCAUUGGUGCUCAUUUCGACUACCUUACUCCUCCAAUCACCAAAUCAACUACAUCUGGAAAGACCCACGCUGAUACUGUUGCCUUUGACGAUUAUGAAUCUCACCUCAAGGGAAAGAACAAUAUUGAAAUGACUGAGAUUAGAGUUCUCCAUGAUGGUAACUUAGUCUUUGGAGUCGAAGGAAUCUAUACUGCUGAUGGUUUACAAUACACUCCAGGCACUCACGUUGGAAAAGAGCUCAAUACUGCUACUGUCAAUCAAUCCAUAUCUUUAGUAGGAAAGCAUAUUACAGGAAUUAGCGGAAGACACGGAGAUGUUAUGGAUAACCUCACUAUUACUCUCUCUGAUGGAACUUCCUACUCCUUCGGAGGAACUGGAGGAUUUGCCUUCUCAAACUUUGUACCAGCUGGAAAGAAAGUAGUUGCUCUUGGAGGUGGAUUAGGAGGACAUUUGCACAACAUUUUCUGCUAUUACCAAUAACUUAAGAUUCUCUCAUCAGUGGUUCAUCAAUAAUUUUCU